AUGAUGCGUGGAUUCAAACAAAAACUUAUAAAGAAAACUACUGGUUCUUCAUCAUCUUCUACUAGUAAGAAAAAGGAUAAGGAAAAGAAUCAUUCAUCUUCAACGACAAAUCCAACAACACCAUCAAGUUCGAACGCUUCAAUAUCUUCCUCAUCUUCUGCUUCUUCCAUUACAUCAGGUAACAAUACUAAUAUCAGUAAUAACACUACUGGUACCACCUCUUCGUCUGCUGCAAAUGCAAGAAAAUUAACUUCGAACUCCACAUCAUCAACCUCUUCCACUUCAAACACCCAUCAUAAUAAACCUAAUAAAAGCAAACCAACAUCAACUAAGCACUAUUCUUCCUCCUCAGGUUCAGGAUCAGGAUCGACAACCUCCUCAUCUUCAAAUUCAUCAAACAAGGCAAAACAACAAGAUCCUCACAAACCAAGAUCAUCAUCAAAUACUACAACCACCACCAAGAAGAAACAAGUAUCAUCAUCUCAACCUGUUUCAGUAUCAUCAUCAUCAUCAUCAUUAUCAUCCACAAAUAACAUUGGACAAUCAACAAAGUCUACAGGAAAGGCAGAAGAACUCCACCAAUCUCAACCACCUAUAGUCACCGUAACUACUUCCGAUGAUAAACAACAGAAUGAACUUGAACCUCACUUUCAACAACAACAACAACAACCAUUGAAUAUACAUAUUGAUACCAACAACAACAACACUAGCACAUAUACAAACACAAUUAACAAUAACAAACCUCAUCCAUCUUUUCUUGGAGCUGCUACUUCUCCUCCUUCAUCUCCAUUCUUAUCAAAGGAUAAUCAGAUGCAACAACAACAACAACAACAAGAUCUAUCAAAUAACAACACAGUAUCUUCUCCAGGUAUAGAUAUCCCAAGAUCAUCUCAUUCAUUCGAAAAAUUACCCACUCCAACAAAAUUAAACGCUGAUUCAGAUCUAGAAUUGAUUAAAACUCCACAACGUCAUUCAUCUUCAAGAUUUGAACCAUCAAGAUACACACAACUAACAAAAUUACCAAAUUUUGAUGAAGUUUCCCCCGAGGAAAGAAUCUCAUUAUUCAUUGCAAAAGUUAACCAAUGUAACACCAUGUUCGAUUUCAACGAUCCAAGUUUUGACAUCCAAGGUAAAGAAAUUAAAAGAAUAACAUUACAAGAAUUAAUAGAAUUCAUAGUAACAAACAGAUUUCAAUACACAAACGAAAUGUAUUCUCAUGUAGUAAACAUGUUUAAAAUUAACCUCUUUAGACCAAUCCCACCACCAGUAAACCCCGUUGGUGAUAUAUAUGACCCCGACGAGGAUGAACCAGUUAACGAAUUAGCAUGGCCUCACAUGCAAUUAAUUUAUGAAUUCUUCUUAAGAUUCGUUGAGAGCCCUGAUUUCAAUCAUCAAAUUGCAAAACAAUACAUUGAUCAAAAUUUCAUCUUGAAACUUUUGGAAUUGUUUGAUAGUGAAGACAUUAGAGAAAGAGAUUGUUUAAAAACAACAUUACAUAGAAUUUAUGGGAAAUUCUUAAGUUUAAGAAGUUUCAUUCGUCGUUCCAUCAAUAAUAUCUUCUUACAAUUCACUUACGAAACCGAGAGAUUUAAUGGGAUCGCUGAAUUAUUGGAAAUAUUAGGUUCAAUCAUUAAUGGAUUUGCCCUACCAUUGAAAGAAGAACAUAAAGUUUUCCUUGUAAGAAUUUUAAUACCAUUACAUAAAGUUCGUUGUCUUUCAUUAUAUCAUCCACAAUUGGCUUAUUGUAUAGUUCAAUUUUUGGAAAAGGAACCAUUAUUAACUGAAGAAGUUGUAAUGGGAUUAUUACGUUAUUGGCCUAAGGUGAAUUCAACAAAGGAAAUUAUGUUUUUGAAUGAAAUUGAAGAUAUUUUCGAAGUUAUUGAACCAUUAGAAUUUAUUAAAGUGGAAGUGCCAUUAUUUGUACAAUUGGCUAAAUGUAUUUCAUCAUCACAUUUCCAAGUCGCUGAAAAAGUUUUAAGUUAUUGGAAUAAUGAAUAUUUUUUGAAUCUUUGUAUAGAAAAUGCUGAAGUCAUAUUACCAAUAAUUUUCCCAUCAUUAUAUGAAUUAACUUCACAAUUGGAAUUAGAAACGAAUAAUAAUUCAUUAUUAGACCCUACAAACAACAACAACAACAACGGCACCACCAAUAAUAACAAUAACGACAUGUUGAAUCAAGAUGAAAAUGGUGGAAUCAAUUCUAAUAACACGAAUCUAUGUGAUCCUUACAUGUUAGUGGAACAAGCAAUCAAUUCAGGUUCAUGGAAUAGAGCCAUUCAUGCAAUGGCAUUCAAGGCAUUGAAAAUCUUCUUAGAGACUAACCCUGUCCUUUAUGAAAAUUGUAAUGCAUUAUAUUUAUCUAGUAUUAAAGAAACUGCAAAUAGGAAAAUUCAAAGAGAACAAAAUUGGAAGAAAUUGGAAGAAUAUGUUAAAAACUUGAAAAUAACUGAAUCAGAACAAUUGCAACAAAAACAGCAAGAGCAAGAUCAAGAGCAUAAUAUUGUUAAUGAUGAUGAUGAUACUCAAAUGAAUAUAGAUAGAAAUAAUAAUGACGAUAGUAUGACAGACGAUAAUAAUGCCUUAUUGACCGAGACAGAAUUUCAUGGUUCAGAAAGAACUAUACCGGAAUUAGACAACGAAAAUGAGAACGAAAACGGAAACGAAAACGAAAAUGGAGGUUCCCCAGAACAAGAUAGUCAUAUGAAAAUAUAA